GCUGUCCAUGGGGUGCCGGGCUCUGCCUGCGUCACUGCUGUGCGACGCACAUGUCGAGGUGAAAGUGCAAGCAGCCAUUUUUUCGAAGGAAUCUUGAAUCCUAUUCCUGAUUAGACAAGCAAAGACAAACUGUGAGUCUCACCGUCACUCUUUAGCACUUUAGUUUAAUCUGUUUGCGUACUAAAGACAUACUCUGAAUAUUACAGAAGCUCGGUUUAUUUUAACCCGGGUUAAAGCGCAGGCUUAGCCCAGGGCUGCACUGGGCUGCAGAUGGCUGCUUAGCUCGGCUAGCUAACGUUAGCCGUGGCUGUAAACAAACACUCCAGACAGCGAGGAAACAGCAGCUGAUAAACGAGCUCGCACUUUUCAGGUUUGUUCAGUAGAUGUGGUCGAUAAUUCAGUUAGAGAACGAGCUAACGUAACGUUAAGACGUAGCGUUAGGUGGAGCGGGCGGCAGGAGGCAGUUUGAUUCUGCAUGUCUGCAGGUUAGCGACACAACUUCAGUUUUGAUGACAUUGCGAGUUUCUCCAAACUAGGUCGGAGCUCAGUUUCUUUAGAACGGGUCGGGGACAGUCGGGUCACGGGGAAACGCACACUUAGACCGGCAUGUCGUCCUUCUCCGAGUCGGCCCUGGAGAAGAAGCUGACGGAGCUGAGCAGCUCGCAGCAGAGCGUCCAGACUCUCUCUCUGUGGAUCAUCCACCACCGCAAACACUCGGGCCUCAUCGUCAAAGUGUGGCACAGAGAGCUGAAAAAAGCUAAAAGCUCCAGGAAGCUGACAUUCCUGUAUCUGGCCAACGAUGUCAUCCAGAACAGCAAGAAGAAAGGACCCGAGUUUACCAAAGACUUUGAGACUGUCCUCGUCGAUGCCUGCUCCCAUGUUGCCAGGUAUGAAGCAGAUGAGGGCUGUAAAAAGCACAUGGAGAGACUGCUGAACAUCUGGAAAGAGAGAGCCCUCUACAGAGGAGACUUCAUUCAGCAGCUCAAACUAGCCAUAGAAGACUCUAACAGCCCCAGGCCUUCAGAAGAGAAGAAGGCUGUGAAACGCAGCUAUCAGAAGAUCCAGGAAGAAGAAGAUGAUGAAGAUGACGACUACAGAAACCACGCCUCCCCUCACAACUCGGACAUCUCCGCAACUCAACUGACAGAGGAGCUGGUGAAGGCCCUACAGGACUUGGAGAAUGCUGCAUCGGGCGACGCAGCAGUUCGUCAGAAGAUUGCCUCGCUGCCGCAGGAAGUCCAGGACGUUUCCCUGCUGGAAAAAAUCAGUGACAAGGAGGCGGCAGACAAGCUGUCGAAGACGGUGGAUGAAGCGUGUUUGCUGCUUGCGGAGUACAACGGCCGACUGGCUGCAGAGCUGGAGGAUCGCAGGCAGCUGGCCCGCAUGCUGACUGAAUACAUCGGCAGCCAGAAGGAGGCGCUCAUGGAGAGAGAGAAGAAACUCGAGGAAUAUAAGCAGAAACUGGCGAGGGUGACCCAAGUUAGGAAAGAGCUAAAGUCCCACAUCCAGAGUCUCCCUGACCUCUCUCUCCUGCCCAACGUGACCGGGGGUCUGGCCCCGCUCCCGUCAGCCGGAGACCUCUUCUCUACCGACUGAGAGGUCUUUGCCCAGACAACCUAGCCCGAUGCCCCUCCCCACCCAAACCCAGCCCCAUGUUUGAUUAACAGAAAACUUCCAGCUUUGUCACCAGCCCGAGGACACACGUGGUCAAACCUCUCCCGGCAGCCAGCUCACCUGCUAACUCCAAACCUGCAGGACAAGAGGGAGGAAGGGAUUUUUAAAGCAAGGUUUGGUGAAAUCAAAAUGCUUUGCAGAGGAGAACGGAGACUCUGUCAGCCUGGAUUUUUCCAGCACUUGCUCGAUUGACAAGGAUUCCACUCCACCAGCUUGGAACGACUUUGUUUCCCAUUUGUUUUUAUUAUUUUUUUAAUGCUGGAAAUGUCAGUGAUCUAAGAAGAGGGGCGGGGUAAAGAAGCAAAACUUAGACAGACAUGAAUGUUUGCUGUCAGGACGUGUCUUUCUGUGUGGUAUAUUGUGGAUUCAGUAAGCAAAGGUGGGCCGUUUGCUCUCACAAUUCUCAGAGAUUGUGACUACACUGUGAAGAGGAUUUACCAUUCAUUAAUUUUUUUUGCUUUUCAGUUGGUGGCUUUUUGUUGACCCAUUAGGUGUUUUUGAUGUGUUUGUAAAAUUAGAGAAGAUAUUGGAUUGGGUUCAGUGUAUGUUGCUUUUUGGUUGCUUCAUGAAACAACAUUGUCAACUCUCACAUUUCAGUAACACUUCAUAGAGAUGGUGAUUAAAUUUUGUCUUCAUAGUUAAAAUCAAAAGACAUGAUCUGGAGUUUGUGUCCCCAUUUGCAAGUGUUUUUGUCAUUUACAGACUAAAACUUUACAAUUCAAAGUUCCUGUUUGUUUUCACACAUUCUUUUGAACAGAUGCUUAUAUAUGGUAAUUAUGUAAUAAGUAUGUACUAGACAAGGUUUGAGUUUUACAAAUAAAUCCUGGAAGUUUGAGGAAACAACUCAAAACAAUGUUUGCUUUCCAACAAACUACUUGGUCUUUAAUUGUAUAAAACCUUAACACUCAUUAUAUCUUCUAAAGCUGCUUACACAUGAUCCACGGUAAAAUCACGAGGUAGGGCGCAGAGCAGAGCGGCAAAGUGCAGGGCAGGUAUACGUCUUAAUUGCUUCUGGAAUUGGUUGUGCCAGAAAAAGUCAGCGGCAACAAUGUCAAAGUUGAAAUAAUUAGAAUUUUGCACUCGGCGGCAAUUCCGAGCGGUGCACGACGCCAAGGGUAGAGCUCCGCCUAGUUGGGUGGCAUCGCUCUCCCCAUAGGAAAACAAUAGAACACCCAGCGCAGAGCGGUUUACUGAUCAUGUUUAGGUGGCUUUAGAGGGCAAAAAAAAGGUAAGAAAUUUAAAAACUAAAGUAUAUUAAAGAUCAUUACUUUUUUUUUUUUAUUAUGUGUGUGUUGAGCUGGGCAAUAUGGAAAAAAGAAGUUGUUGACCAGAUGAACCCCUUUUAUAAAUCACAACGUGUUUGGUAUAAAAAAGAAACAUGGGAAGUAACAUGAAAUGGACUGACAUCAUUCCAGCUACUAUUCAGGUAUUAAAGAAAUUUGUGUUUAAUUAUUCACAAUAUUAACAUCCUACAAUAUUAAAAUUAUUAAUCAUUUAUACAUAUUGCUCAGUCCGACCUCUGUGUAGAUGUUUAGUGAUGAUUUUUUUAAACUAAAAAGUAGCAGCAUCAAAUUCACCUUUGCACUCCCUGUCUCAGUUUCUUUCUUUUUUUUAACUGAGGAGACAUACCACAUUACAAAUCCCUUAAUUGAGAUAUUAGGUCAGGAAGUGACCGGAAGGUCAGUUUUUCCCCAACAUUUUUUAACAGUUUGUUAUGAUUUUCAGAACAGUUCUCUUGUCAAAGCCAGAACAACAUGUAUCAUUUGUUAAGCUCAUAUUUGAUUUUCAGUUGUCUUGUAGACUAAAUACUCAUUUUGUUAAAGCGUUCAGAAUGAUGAGUAUUCGCGGCUCAUGCUGCUGAUGAGAGGAGUGUUUUCAAAAAAGAGUACUGUUGCUGUAACUUACCUGCUGAUGCACCAAGCUCGGGUGAGAAAUGCUGCUGCAAAUCCUUUUCAGUAAACUCUCAGAUCGAUUGGUGUCUUCCGGCAGUCUGGAGCAACAACAUUUUUCACAUGGCACGUAAAAAUGUGAAUCUAAGCAGUGUUUGUGAAACCAAAGGUGUGGAUGUAAUCAUUUCAGUCAUUGGUGUAGUCGCAGAACAGAUAUUUGGGGCUGUUUUUGGGGCAUUUAAAUUACCCCUAAUGUCAAAUAAACUUUCUGUGGCUUUGGAUGUAGAAGAAGAAGAACAGAGAAUAGAUUAAUUUUGACCCAUUAUUUGGUUCAGUCUUGAUUAGAAUAUAAUUUUCAGUGAAUUAAAGAUAAAGUGUCCAAUACAAUCACUGUAUGUCAAGAACAGUACCUUUACUCAAGUACUGUACUUCGUACUGUACUUCAAGUACUGUACUACUGUACAAAUUUGAGGUACUUGUAGUUUAUUAGUCUUUUCUUUUCAUGCCACUUUCUACUUCUACUCCAUUACAUCUGAGAAAUAUUGUACUUUUUACUCCACUACUUUAAUCUGACAGUUUUAGUUACUUUACAAAGGAAAAUGUUUGCACAAAAAACGUGUGGUUUAUAAAAUUAUUAUAAAUUAAACUACCCAACAAUAUAAAGGCCUACAAGUCAAGCUGAAAUCAUUCACCAAUUUAACACUUAGUUGAUUGACAGAACUGUUUGGAUUGUUUCCAGUUUCUAAAAUGUGAGGAUUUGUCUUCAUUGUGUACUUUUACUUUUAAUACUUUAAUUUUCCUGAUGAUACAAUUUCAAUGCAGGACUUUUACUUUCAACAGACUAUUUUUUACAGUGUGGUAUUAGUACUUUUACAAGUAAAGGAUCUGAAUACUUCUUCCACCACUGGUCAAGAAGGAUUUCAGCAACAUUUUGACCCAGGUGUGCUUUACUGUAGAUAUUAGUUAGAUCUUUUCUUACCUACUUGCUGUGUGGUAUGUUUCUCUCUGCAGAAUCAUACUGUACUAGCAUGACUCUACCAGUAGGAGUAGUGCUUUUCUGUAAUGAAAGUGAUUCAGUGGAUGCCAAUAAACUGGAACCAUUUGAACAUA